AUGGCUGAGGACUGGAAAGAACGCUUCCACGACUCGGAGACAACCGCUGCUAGUGAUAGGCAAAAGGUGCAGUGGAGAAAGAGCGAGAUCCCGUCGCUUCCCAUUGUUAGAGCAUUAAGCAUCGCCCAGACGGUCAUUUCGCCCUCCAUUCCCGUCGUCCAUCGGUCACCAUUCCAUUUCGACAACUGCCGUUCGCCAGGAACCUGUCCGGCACACGAUUCGCGCAUCAUCCGCCGCGCCCGACAGAUCAUGGCGCGCCUCGGAGACUUCGAGCUGAGCGGAAUCCUCUACGCCGGCUGCGAUUUCGACGCUUGGCGAGAUAAGACGGACGCUUGGCUGCGAUUGCGUGGACUGGAAAGCUUUGUGUCCCGUACCAAAAAAGGUGAAGGCCGAUCUGGGAUGGCUCAACGACUCAAGGAAAAGGCUCGCGACGCCAUCUGUGAAAGAGUCGACCGUGCCAUUAUCAGAAGACUUCCCACUACAAUCAAGCCCGAUGAUCACCUACAGAACUUUUGGAAGCAGCUGGAAGAGCAGGCAAAGCCGUUCCGAUUCGAAGACCUGACUCCCGAGCUGAGGUGCAAGGUGUACAGCUCGAUCUUGGGCGCCGACGCAUCCUACAACCUUUCGCAAUGGACGCCCUCCUGCUCACUGCCAGCGAUCCUUUCCGUCUGCAGUACUGUUCGUAAAGAAGCGAUGCCUGUGUACUAUUCAUCUACGGAGUUUCGAGCCACCUGCAAGGUGUCAGGCGGCAGAGAUCGGGGCAUUGAGAGGACUCGAAAUACGAUGACAAGCUGGACGAGGAGCCUGGCUCAUGGGGCUUUGCAGCAUCUACGCAGUAUCAAUCUCUACGUUGCUGGACUUUCGCCGCGGACGACAGGACCUGUCGAGUCUUUCGGUAAUCUUCUGCAGUUCAGGUUCUCGCCGAUCACGGGUCUCACAUGCGACGAAUGGCAGUCGGCCAAUCCAGAAGUCGCACUACAUUACCACAAGAGCCUCAAUGUGCAGGCGAAGGAGAGACUCCGGAAGUCGCUGGCGAGGCUUGAGAAGUAUCGCGAGGUGACAUCGUUGCGAGGUGAGGUGCUCGUGAUGGCCAUCGUGGACAUACUCGAGCUUUUGGAGGAUGGCAAGAUGGAGAGAGAAGCAUGA